AUUAUUACUACAGCUAACUGUUCCCGUCGUGCAAUGUCUACAGAUUCUAGAUUUUCUCGUACCCUUGAUAGGAACGAAAACAAAGUUGGUCCAAGAUUGAGAUUAAUGAAGAAAGUAUAUCCCGAAUUUAGUGCACCGCCAGAUAUAACCAACUCGGAAGUUGUGAAGGCACCUCAUCUACAUCAAUCACUCUGGCGCAGAUAGAGGCUGAGUUGAAAGAAUAGAGAAUCAAGAGGUGUAUGGCAAAAUUUGUCACGAGAAUUAUACGCAGUACAUAACGUAAUUCUGUCCACAGCAGGCACAAUCAGCGUUCUCAACGCGUCGAAGGCUGCACUUGGAAUCGUAAUUGUCUCAAAUCAAGAGACAGUUAUCCAAAAUGUCACAGGAUAUUGUGUCAUCUUCAUACUCUAAUCUAGGGGCGACAGUAGUAGAAGACACGAGACACAGGAUUCUUAAUUCAUGAGGCAAAUGAAAAUUUUCUGCGCUAGAAUGUAAAUUGGAGGGUUGACAGUUUACAAUGGAGGUCUUGGGAACAGCGGCGGAUGAGGAGAGCCUGUGAAAAUUUUCACAAUGAACAGUCAAAAUUGUUCAGUACUGGCUGAGUAGGGGACGCCUUUGGUUACCAACAAUAUUCCGAAUUCUUGUUGAUUACUGAUCCUAUGGCUAGACGGAAACAAGCAAGGCCCAGCAGGAACGGGCGAGUGACUGCUGAGGAAGAUGAAGAUGAAGCUUUACAGGCUCAUGCUCCUGAUGGAAAUUGCCCGAUUUCAGAUGGUGUCGAAGAGGUCCAAGCUCCUCCUCGGAAGAAACGGGUUCGAAGAGAUGCUCCUAGUGAACCUGAAACGAAGGAAAUGCUGUGGAGAAGCAUGAUUUUACCUGAACUCUCUGGGAAGGAAGUUGCCGAGAUUAAUUUGUUAAAUAUAAGGGCAACCAAGCAACUUGAAACCAAAGAUGUUUUGGAAGAUUUGCCCUUUAGAGUCAGAAUAGAGUGGAGAAAUGAAGACAGUAGGUGCGGGGGUAACUUCAAGGAGAUGCCCAUAAGUGAUUUGAAAAUUCAGAUUGUAGCGUACUCUGAAGCAAAAUAUUUAGAUGGUGGAAACAAUGGCUUCACAGCAGCACCUAACCAGUCUGAAGAGAUUGCUUUCAAUACUGAACGGGAUGAAGUUCUCUCUGGGGAAGUAGAUGGUUCAAACGCAACUUUAUCUGCUCUCGUUUAUCUGAUCGAACAUGAGUACAUUACUCUGAGGCCUGCCUCUUGUUUGACAUCUGGUGCAUUGCCCAGUUCCACACAUACUCUGCCAAGUCGGAUGAGGAUUGUCAUAAGUGAGAAAGCUUUUACAAACGCUGGAAAAUAUGUGAGAAGAAAGAAGAAGGCUCUUCAGACAAUCAUGUGCUGGUUAAGGCCGGAGAUUCAUUCUCUCAGUGGGAUUAGAAAGUUGUCCGAGGAAGCAAUAGCAGAAAGCCAUGGCAGAGGAAUUGACAUGAAGAAGCAGACGUUCGACCCUACUGCUCUGUAUGAAGCCGUUAAGCCUUCUCGCACUGAACAAACUGAGGAAAUGAGUUUCUCCCAACUUGUUCCAAAGCUUAGACCAUAUCAGCGUGAAGCAGCAUUGUGGAUGGUCCAGCGAGAGAAGGGCUACGGGGAAAUGGUGUGUUCAUCACCUGAUGAGUUCGAGGAUACCACAGAUGCUUACGCCAGUUCUUCUGCAUCCACAUCUGCAAUUGGAAAAUGGAAUCCUGAUAUGCAUCCUUUAUGGCUUGCUGUGAAACCAAUUGAUGGGGCUUCUGACUUUUACUACAAUCCUCUCAGAGAGAAGGGAACACUGGUAACGGAGAGAGCGAUACGAUUGUUCCCUUCUUCAGAUGCCAAGUGGUGUCCUUUCGACGGAGCCGGGUGACUUUGUGUCUUACGUUCGUGGCGGAAUCCUAGCAGAUGAAAUGGGUCUUGGUAAGACGGUUGAACUGCUGGCAUGCAUACUGUCAAACCCUAACAAGGAUUUGCCUACACCAACUCCUUCAGAGAGAGCUAGGAAGGACUUGCAGGACACCUUGUUAAAACGCAAGGUUAGAAGACUCGAAUGUGUAUGUGGAUCCGCUGAAGAAGAAGAGUAUGAGGAUUCUUGUGUGAAAUGCGUUAUUUGUGAUGCUUGGCAACACUCAACAUGUGUGGCCCAUAAGAAGCCGACGGAGCAGUCAGCAGGACAGUGGAACGAGGAAAGCAGCAAGACAGAAUCUAAAAGCAAAGGAACUGGAGCUCAAAGCAGAUGCACGAAGAUGAGAAGUAAACUAAGAGAAAACAACAAUGAUAUUUUAUCAACAGGAAAUAAGUUCGUCUGUGGGACGUGUGCGGAGCUUAUUGCUAGAGUGGAAGUAGAAGAUUCUGGAGCUACUCUAAUUGUAUGCCCAACACCCAUCUUGCAACAAUGGCAGGAAGAGAUAUUACGCCACACAAAUCCAAGCUCUCUGCGGGUCAUUGUCUACGAAGGUGUUGGAAAAGGAGCCAAGAUCAUAAGAAGUACGACAAAAGGUUGCCCGUUUUUGAAGAUUGUUUCUGCUCAUGACCUUGCUGCGGCAGACAUAGUCUUGACGACCUAUGACACGCUUAGGUCAGAUUUGUCUCAUGACGCAGAUGAGACUCAGAGCGUCAAGCGAUCGUUGCGGUAUCUAAAAAGGUUCCCAGUGAUACCAACACCUCUGACAAGAUUAAAGUGGUGGAGGGUUUGCUUGGACGAGGCACAGAUGGUAGAGAGUACCACUACGAGGGCCACAGAGAUGGCUUUGCUUCUAAAAGCUCAAAAUCGUUGGUGCGUCAGUGGCACACCCAUACAACGUGGUCUGGAUGAUAUAUUUGGACUUCUCAAGUUCCUGCAGGCUAAACCUUUUCACGAGUAUCAACACUGGAGUCAAGUACUGCAGCAGCCAUACGAAGCUGGUGAUCCAUGGGCCAUCCAGUUUCUCCACAGAUUCUUAAGAAUGUUCAUGUGGCGCUUAUCGAAGACGGAUGUUGAAGAUGAGUUGAACCUUCCAAAGCAAAAGGAAGACGUCACAUGGCUUCAGUUUACACCCUUAGAAUUAUUUUAUUAUCAAGAACAACUUAAGAAUUGCGCUGUUAAGUCGAAGGAUGUUAUCAGCAAAUACCGGAAGCAGAAAGCUACCAGCUUGGACAAUGCAGAUACACCUUUACCGCAGUCAGAGGCAGUAAUAUUAUCGAGGGCAUUGCUUCAGUUGCGACAGGCAUGUUGUCAUCCGCAAGUGGGUUCUUUGAAGCAAUCCAAACCAAUGACCAUGGAUGAAACAUUGCAGGACUUGCUAGAAGAGCAGAGACAAACAGCUGAAGUACAUCAAAGGCAACUGAUCGGUGCUUGGAACGGAUUGGCUGCACUUAGCAUAAUUGAGAAUGACAUGAGUAAAGCGAAAAGUUUAUACAGGGAAGCGUUGACGUUGAUUGACAAGAACCAAGCUGAAGUUCAUGUGGAUCCCUUACAAAAGUUGCAUAUUCUGCACAACUUAGCAGGGAUUGUGAAUGCGCCUGGUAGUAAUGAAACUCGUACUCUGAGGGAUGAUCUUCUGACAAAACAGUGUGAGGAGAUCAGAUCCAAGUAUUCCGGGUCGUUUGUUACUAAGCUUCAAAUUGAAAAAGAGAAAUAUGAACAAGCACAACACCAAGUUUUUGAAGCCAACAAAGCCUGUGAGGAGUCUGGAGGAACUGACUGGUGGUUGGAGGUGCUGUCUCUAGCUGAACAACGUAGUGACGGAGGACGCGAACUGGUCGGGAAGAUAAAAUGUCACUUCUUGGAGAGUGGGAAUUCUAAGCGCGGUCGGCUCGAAAAUGCAUCAAGCCUUACUCACAGGUUCCGCGACAUAUCUGGCCUCAAAUUUGUGUUGCAGGGAGAACUUCUUGCCAUUCAAGAAAAGAGGGAGAAAGUUACAAAACAGCUCAAGGCUCUGGACAAUAUGAUGAUGAAUCUAACGGCCGAAUAUGCUGAACGCCAUGCCAAUUGUAAAAUUCAUUCAGAAGAGAAAGGAGACCCUUGCGAUCACUGUCUGAUUGAGAAUGUAUUCCAAGAAUAUGAGAAUAGACUACUGCUCUUGAGGACAUUAUCAGGAAAAGCUGAUGGAAUUAUAUUAGCGGAAGAAGCUAUUUUUGCCCAGAAUAAAAUUGCUGCGCAAAGAAGAAUUUUUAGACCUAAUGUGGAUUCCACUAUUGAGUACAAUGCAGCGGGCAGAAGUACCCGAGAUUCCAAUGCGAUUCAAUCACAGGUGAUAUGGGCACCGUCAGAAACAGAGGAAAUUUUAUCUCUCAUAAAGACGUAUGCAAAAUUUUCCGGAUUGAGACAACGUGAUGCUUCUAAGAAGCAUCUACAAAUGUUUGAGACCUUAAGGAAAGAGUACGGACAAAUGCGGAAAUGGGUAACCUCUCAAAGGGAUUUUCUCCAUGCUUUUGAUGAAUUGAACAUGGCUACCAUCCGCCUGAAUCUGCAAGUCUUAGGGGAAAAGCCGGAGACUGCGUUAGAAAAAAUGGUUAAAGUUUCAAUUGAAGAGGUCCCCUUCAGGAAGAUGGAGCUAGAGAUGGAAAGAGAUGAAGCAAAGAAGGGCCUCUCAAAUGCUGAAGGAGCUAUUAGAUUUCUCAAGGGCCAAUCAUCAAGACGCCGACAAGGAGAUCCACAUGUAGUCAACGUAGGAUGUGCUUCACAGGAAGUUGCCAACGUGAUAGAAUUGGACCGCGAAGAGGAAGAGUUUUGUCAAAUCUGCUGGCAGAAGUUUCAUUCACAAGAGGGGGUUCUAUCUUCUAAGCAAAAGUCAGUAGGGCAUCGGAUGAUCCUACUGUGUGGGCAUCUGAUGUGCGAAAAUUGCUGCAUACAGCUGAUUGGAAGGACGCCACUUCCUGCCAAUGGGAAGGACGAAAAAUGUAUCCCUUGUCCUCAGUGCCGACAGAGAACGGAUUUGUCCAAAAUUAAACGGGUAAUGGAUGAUAGUGACAGAAACAAUUUGGCGGUGCAAGGCGGUCAUUUUACCGAUUCCUCUAGAGAUACGGAAGAAUCUCAAAUCACUGUGAAAGGAGAUUACGGUACUAAGAUAACGGCCAUAGUGCGGAGGAUGAAGUUGGUGACAUCAAAAGAUCCACAGGUCAAGGUGCUCAUUUUUUCCACCUGGCAAGACGUGCUAGAAGUUAUUGGGCAUGCUCUCAAAGAAAACGGAAUACGCUCUGCUCGCGUGAAGGGCAGCAAUUUACAGAAGGCGCUCCAAGAAUUUAGAGGCUUACCAGAAGCAAAAAUAUUAAAUUCCAGACGACAAAGCUCCAAUUUAACUCUAGACGGACCUAUUCAAGCAUUCUUGCUGCCAUUCAAUGUUGGUGGUAAUGGACUGAAUUUAGUUGAAGCCCAACACGUUAUUUUAGUAGAACCCUUGCCAAACCCUGGAGUUGAGGCCCAGGCUAUCAAUAGAGUUCAUCGAAUCGGUCAAAGUCGCCCAACAUUUGUACAUCGUUUCAUUGUAAGUGAAUCGGUCGAACAGAGCUUGUAUGAAAUGGGCAGAAAACAAACAGACAUUUCAAAACUUCCUCCAUCUAGGAACUGGAAUCGGAACCCUUUUGAAUAUACUGAUAUCACCUCUGUAUUUGAUCUAUUUUCCGGGGCAUUGGCCGACGUUGAAGAGGGUGCAUCAUCAGGAGGUCCUCAUUCUUUGGAUAAUACGAGGAACAUCUCUCCCACAGAAGCCGCAGGAGCAGCAGCAGAGGCUAGACGCAACGCAAAUUUAGCUCUGGAAGUUCCUCAGAUUUAAGAUCUCUCGCUCACUCACAAUUCAUCCCUUCCUACUCAAUUGUAAUUUGGCAGAAGCGAUCUUGUUCGCAUAGUUCCAGAAUCCACCCCUUUGUGUAUAAGAAUUGGGUAUAUAUCGAUUUCAUUACUUCAAAUCAAAAUAUAGUCUCA